UUCUGCUCACUGUCAUGUUAAUUGCUGUGCGUAUGCCCUCUAUGCCUGCCUGUAAGAUUCAGGGACUCAGUGUCUGCUUCCAUCCUAGAUAACAUCUCUCUCUCUGGGCUGACGCCCCGGACUUUCUUCCCGGUCUUGUGCUGGGACCCGGAGAGCCCAGAUGCCUGUCUGCUCCUUCCUGUUCUCCUCUGGGAAGGAAUAGAGAGGAGAGAGGCGCAGAGAGAGAAGAGGAAGCAGUUUUCCUCCAGAUGUACUCUGUGCCUGGAGCUGUUGAAGGCUUUUGUUGAGCUGACCAAACUGAUGAUGGACCAUAACCAGCAGGGCCACAUGCAGGAGAUGGGCCAAUGGGCAGGCUACAAGGAGAACUAUGACCCUGAGGCGGGCCACUGGGGAUUACCACGCAUCUCUUACCUGACCUUCAAGAGCCUGGUGCAGGUCUACAGGACCAUGGAAACUGGAGUGGUGCUGUUGGACGUGGAGGAACGCUCACUCUCUGGCAUCGCUGAGAAGAUCGUGGACGAGAUGGUCACCAAGAAGGAGAUCAGGCCUGAAGACCGGGAUGGGCUUCUCCAAGCCGUGAGACAGAGUGGCAGCCAAUCAGCAGAAGCACAGGCUCUGACCUCAACCCUGGAAAUGCAAACAUUCUCUGUUGCAGAGAGGAGAGAUGCUCUUGAAAGUGUGGAAGUUUCUGUGCUGUUUGUAGGUGCGCUGGACUCCCUGGAGAGGCCAGCCAUGGCCCUGGUCCAGCUGAGAGAGGCUGCAGUCCUGGACGCUCUGCAGGCCCUGGGCCCUGUGCGCUUGCUCUUCCUCCUGGUGGGCCCCACCAAGAGUGAAAUGGACUACCACGACACCGGACAUGCUAUGGCUGCCCUGCUGGCUGAUAAAGUGUUCAGUCAGGCGGUGAGCCAUGCUCAGAGUGACAGGGAGGUGGCUGAUGCCGUGGCUAGUUUCAUGGACUGCAGCGUUGUGAUCCCGCCCACCGAGAUCCAGAACGAAGCCAUGCUCGCACCAAUCAUCGGCUUCCAAAAGAAGCUCCUGCAGGAGAGGCUCCGCCCCCAUGACUCUCAGCCCCACCUUGACUUCAAACCCCGCAAACUGUCCAGUGCAAGAGAGCGUCCGGAGGAGGACCCGUUGUUGCGUUCGGGAAUUCCGUUUGGAGGCGUGAUCCGGGACGUGAAGAGGCGGUACCGGCACUACGUUAGUGACAUCACCGACGGCCUCAACGCUCAGGUUCUUGCUGCUGUCAUCUUCAUCUACUUCGCUGCCCUCUCCCCUGCAAUCACCUUUGGAGGCCUGCUAGCUGAUAAAGUGGACAACAUGAUGGGUGUGUCGGAGCUGAUGCUGUCUACUGCAGUACAGGGUGUCAUCUUCUGUCUUCUCGCCGCUCAGCCAGUCCUUAUCAUUGGUUUCUCUGGACCACUGCUGGUGUUCGAGGAAGCCUUCUAUGGGUUCUGCAGGGCUCAGGACGUGGAGUACCUCGUAGGCAGGGUGUGGAUCGGCAUGUGGCUCAUGGUCAUCGUGGUACUGACUGUGGCGCUCGAGGGCAGCUUCCUGGUCCGCUUCAUCUCUCGCUUCACCCAGGAGAUCUUCUCCAUCCUCAUCUCUCUCAUCUUCAUCUACGAGACCUUCACCAAACUUGCCAAUACUUUUAAGGCUCAUCCUCUUAAUCUCAACUAUGAGCACUUGAACACCACGGACCCGUGGCAGCCAGUCGUCGUGCGCCACACCUUUCUGGAUGGUUCCACGGGCAACGUAACCACGGCAACCAGCAUCCGCUACCGUUCCUACCCCAACACCGCCCUGCUGUCCAUGUGCCUGAUGUUCGGCUGUUUCUCCAUCGCAUACUUCCUGCGCAUAUUCAAAAAUGGCUACUUUUUGCCUGGCAAGGUCCGACGUUUGAUGGGCGACUUUGGUGUUCCCAUCGCUAUUUUACUCAUGGUUGCAGUGGACAUCAGUAUCAAUGAUACCUACACUCAGAAACUGGUGGUCCCUCAGGGGUUGCAGGUGUCUAACCCCGCCGCACGGGGCUGGCUCAUCAACCCCACUGGCGAGCGCAAACCCUUCCCGGUCUGGAUGAUGAUCGCCUGCGUCGUGCCCGCCUUCCUCGUCUUCAUCCUCAUCUUCCUCGAGUCGCAGAUCACCACGCUGAUCAUAAGUAAGCCAGAGAGGAAGAUGGUGAAGGGAUCUGGGUUCCAUCUGGACCUUCUCAUUCUUGUCAUCCUGGGGGGGUGCAGUGCCCUGUUCGGAAUGCCCUGGCUCAGUGCUACAACGGUACGGUCCGUAACCCACGCCAACGCCUUGACCGUCAUGAGUAAGGGGCCCAAGCCGCAGAUAGAAAGAGUUCUGGAACAAAGGGUCAGUGGAGUAUUGGUGGCCAUACUUGUAGGCCUGUCCAUCUUCAUGGAGCCCAUCCUGAAGAUGAUUCCCAUGCCGGCUCUGUUCGGAAUCUUCCUCUACAUGGGAAUCACAUCGCUGAGUGGCAUUCAGCUGUGGGAUCGCAUUCUGCUCCUCCUCGUUCCCAAAAAGUAUCAUCCCAAUGAACCGUACGCUACAAGAGUGAUGACGAGCAGGAUGCACAUGUUCACGGCCAUCCAGGUGGUGUGCCUGGCCAUGCUGUGGACAGCGAAGUCAAGCGUUUUGUCUCUUGCGCUGCCCUUCAUCCUCAUCCUCACCGUACCUCUGCGCAUGUACAUGACUGGCCGCGUCUUCACACAGCUCGAGAUGAAAUGCCUGGAUGCUGAUGAUGCCAAAGCGACAUUUGAAGAGGAGCCUGGUGUGGACAUGUACUCAGAAACGCGCAUGCCAGCGUAAGCAUGGCGACAGCGGAUGCUGUUGGUAGCUAAGAGAGAUUUAUUUGAGGACAUAUCUUUCUCCAAGUCAUCUCCUUUCAUGCACAUGUGUGGACUGUGUGGACAUGCACAUUCAGACACAUUCGCAUCUCCAUUUAUGCCCAGCUCUGCUUUCAACUGCUCAUCUGCUUUGAUUAAUACUUAUAAAUAUUUUAGAAAGAGGCUCAUUCCAAAUUUUCCUCUUAUACAACUGGUGAAGUAAGUGAAUGCAUUUUAACUGAUGUGUGUUUGUUGUAUUAGUGUUUUAUCAACACACCACUGUUUAUAUUAUAUCAUUAUAUCAUUAUAUCAUUGUCAUUUUAUUCUGUGUUAAGAUGCCUUAUAAGAUCAUGUCCUCCUCUCUGAAGCCUCUCACUACUACCACAUCCAAAGCACUUUCAUAAAGAACACUUCUGAAUCUUUUUUGAUUCAUUUAAUUCCACACGCACCGCACAUUUACUCUGGUGGUAACACUUCGGCCUCUUUUAUACUGUUCUAAUGAAGCUAUCUGUCUGAAUCAUCUGUGCCUUUUUCUGGAUUUUCUAAUAGAGUGUACUGCACUUCCUGCCCACACGUGCCUUGAUCACCCAUGUAUUUGGUGGCUAAUGCCUAAAGUAUGUAUAUCAGGUAUUUGAAUCUAGGAACUGUGUUGCACCAAUGCAAUACAAAAUAAAAGUCUUGUUUAA